AGAGAGAGAUAAAGAACAGAUAGGCGAACAACAAAAGGUACUUGUAGUUUUGGACAGCUUAACUUCACAGAGUGUGCAGGAUCUCCUCAUAUGGCCCCGUGUGAACAGACUUAAGUUUUCGCUCAACAGAUAGCCCAGUGAUCAUUUUCUAGAAAGUAUAGCCGAGUCUAGUUGUCUUUACGCACGGAAAAGGACGCACAAUUAUCUUCUCCAAGGCUGAGAUCAUCAAGGUCAUUUACAUGAAUUCAAAACCAACCUACCAGUGAUCGCUGGAAGCUGGGGAUUGAGUCUUUCAGUUUUUAACCCCACACGCUGACAUGGAGGGCUUUCUUCGUAGCAGCUUUUUACUGAGCAGAGUCAUGUCUUCCAAGCAAGCCACGUCUCCUUUUGCCUCUGUGGUUGAUGGAGAUGAUGCCAUAAGUCAGGAGCACUUAUCUUGGGAGAAAGAGGAGAGUGCUGAGGCUCAUUGCACACCGCAGCUGCCACUGCACAGCCUGCUCCACGGAAAAGCCCACCCCGAUGAAAUGCAGCCGCUAAGCAGUGUACCGCCAGAGAGUGACUGGGACAGCCUGGUGUCAGCCCAGCAGCGUAUGGAAUCUGACAGCAAUAAAGUAUGUUCCCUCUACUCCUUCCGGAACAAUUCCACUUCCCCGCACAAGCCUGAGGAGGGGGCCCGGGAUCGAAGUGACCUGCUGAGCGGAUCAGCGUUUGGAACUCCUGAGCGCCGCAAAGGAAGCCUGGCAGACGUAGUGGACACGCUGAAGCAGAAGAAGCUGGAGGAGAUGACAAAGACAGAGCAAGACGAGUCCUGCAUGGAGAAACUACUUUCAAAAGACUGGAAAGAGAAGAUGGAGAGGCUCAACACCAGCGAACUCCUGGCAGAAGUAAAAGGUACUCCAGAGAGCCUGGCAGAAAAGGAACGCCAGCUCUCCACAAUGAUCACCCAGCUGAUCAGCCUGCGAGAGCAGCUUCUGGCUGCCCACGAUGAACAGAAGAAGCUCGCUGCCUCACAGAUGGAGAAACAGAGGCAGCAAAUGGAGUUAGCGCGUCAGCAGCAGGAGCAGAUUGCAAGACAACAGCAGCAGCUUCUACAGCAGCAGCACAAAAUCAACCUCCUCCAGCAGCAGAUCCAGCAGGUCCAGGGUCACAUGCCUCCGCUCAUGAUCCCCAUUUUUCCACACGACCAACGCACUCUGGCAGCAGCAGCCGCCGCCCAGCAAGGUUUUCUCUUCCCUCCGGGAAUGUCUUAUAAGCCAGGUGAUAACUACCCAGUGCAGUUCAUUCCAUCCUCAAUGGCAGCUGCAGCAGCGUCAGGACUCAGCCCCCUCCAGCUUCAGCAACUGUAUGCCGCCCAGCUUGCCAGCAUGCAGGUCUCUCCUGGAGCCAAGAUGCCUCCACUCCCCCAGUCCCUCAAUGCGAGUGGGCCCAUUUCUCCCUCCUCUCUGAAGAAUGACAAGAGUUCCUCCAGCCCCAUCACUCAAGUCAAGGAGGAGGGAACACAGCCUCUCAACCUUUCUGCCCGGCCAAAGACGACAGAUCUGGUCAAAUCCCCGACAUCGCCGACACAAAACCUGUUCCCCGGCUGUAAAAGCAGCCCAAACAAUCUUGUCAGCAAGGGUGGUAUCUCCAGCCCACUCGGAGGCGGCUUGGGCCGAGGCUCUUCUUUGGACAUCCUGUCCAGCCUAAACUCUACCGCAUUGUUCGGGGACCAGGACACAGUGCUGAAGGCCAUCCAGGAGGCUCGUAAAAUGAGGGAGCAGAUCCAGAGGGAACAGCUGCAACACCACCAGCAGGGCAUGGAGGCAAAACUAUCCGCCCUCAGUUCAGUGGGCCUCAACAACUGCAGAAUUGACAAAGAAAGGGCGCAUUUUGAGAGCAUUGGACACCACCUCGGCAAGCUGGGUGAGGAAGGAAAAAUCGGCCACAGAGUUAUUGACCUCACCAGGCCAGAGGAUCUUGAUGGAGGUGCUGGAUCUACUGAGGCACGUGUCUUCAGGGAAUCCCGAGGAAGGAACAACAACGAGCCCCACAUUAAAAGGCCAAUGAACGCAUUCAUGGUGUGGGCCAAGGAUGAGCGGCGCAAGAUUCUCCAGGCCUUCCCCGACAUGCACAAUUCCAACAUAAGCAAGAUUUUGGGUUCUCGGUGGAAGUCCAUGUCCAACCAGGACAAGCAGCCAUACUACGAGGAGCAGGCCCGUCUGAGCAAGCUUCACCUAGAGAAGUACCCAAACUACAAGUACAAGCCGCGGCCCAAGAGGACCUGCAUUAUUGACGGAAAAAAACUUCGCAUAGGAGAGUACAAGCAGAUGAUGCGCUCACGGCGACAAGAGAUGAGGCAGUUCUUCACUGUGGGGCAGCCGCCACAGAUUCCCAUCACCACCAGCGCCAGCAUGGUCUAUCCUGGGGCCAUCACCAUGGCGACUACUACACCCUCACCUCAGAUGACAUCAGAGUGCUCCAGUGCCUCGGCGAGUCCUGAGCCAUCCAUUCCUGUCAUUCAGAGCACCUAUAACAUGAAGCUGGAGCCCAACACCAUAGCAAACAAUAGUGAGCCAGUCAACGGCGAGGAUGAGAUGGACAUGUACGAGGAUUUUGAGGAUGAGCCGAAAUCAGACUAUAGUAGUGAAAAUGACACACAAGAGCAAGUCAGCGCCAACUGAGGCCUCUUUAACUGAAGAGGCCUACGCAGACACAACAGUCAUUCAGGAGGAUGCCCAGGGGCUGGUCUGAUCUGAGGGAGGGAAAGAGCAAAAGAGAACAAAACUACCACACAAAGGUUUAAAAAAAAAAAAAAAAAAAAGAAGAAGAAGAAAAAAAAAAGAAAAAAAAGAAAUGAUGAUACAUCAUUCAUGAGCCAGCAUGCAGAUGUGGCUUCAUUAGAAUCAAAAGCUAUUUGGUCUUAAGUGUUUCUUCAAGUGUGUGAAGCAGUUUGGUUGUGGUAAUUAUUUUAUUUUAUUUUUUAAUCUCAUUGUUUAUUUUUUCAUUGUGAUCAUGGACAUUUAAACAAUACAGUUAUUGCCUAGAACAAAAGAUGGAACUUGAAAUUGAGCAUUUGAUAUGAACCUAUAAUUCUUAGUCAUUUACCGUGUUUUUUCUCUUCAAUUAGAUGAUUUUGAUAUAUUACAUAACUGUUCAAGAUGGGAAUAAUAUUCUCACUCAGGUAUAGUGUGCCAGCCAACAGCUUGUGAAUGUUUUUAAUCAAGAGUUAAAUAUUACCAGUACAAAAUAUCUCAAAAUUACAUGGAGUGAUUCCAACGUAUUGCAGAGGCAAGUAACACAUUAUCAUUAUUAGUAUUAUUAUUAUUAUUACAGAUUUGUUGUUAUUGUUAUUACACAAACUGCAUGAUUUAGUGCAUAAGUGCCAAACAUUUCAAGUUGUUUCUAAAUUCUGUUAGGCAAAGUGUUUCUGGGAGAGGCUUUGUGAGUCUUAGACAAUCUCUUGAUCUCUUAAUGCAGCUUCAUUAUACAGUCUUUCUCUAAUUUACCCUAACAAAAUAAACAAAUAAAACUCAGGAACUUGUAGGCAGCAGGCUCUUCAAGAGGUUUUGCGACAUAUUUGGGUGGUGCUUGUCAUGCUAGCUGUUCUCUGGGGAGCCCAAUGCAGUGAUCAUCAAUUUAAUUGACCAGCCCUUUCAUUUCCCUAUCCCAGUCCACACUGGACUACCCAGUACUGUGGCGUCCUUCGCUCAUUUCCAGUUCCACAAUCAAGUCUGAAUCACCAAGUUCUUAAUCUGAGUGAUUGUAAUCAGGCCAGAAUGCUAAAGGGCCAAAGGCCUCCAAUCUGUUGGAUUGGAACAGCAGCAAAAGGAAGCUUUGGGGGCAUUACAAUCUCAAAUUGAUGUUGUACAAUGUGUACAACAGUACAUUCUGUUAAACGCUUUAGCCCCAUUUGGAAGGGAUGUUUAAAGUCUUAGGUCUUAGAAUGUCAUUUUUUCCAAUCUUAAUUCUUUUUAGACAUUGUAAAUCUUAAAGUGACACUAAGAAGUCUUAAAGUAGAGCACGGUCAUUGGGUUGAUGCAAUGAGUUGAUUACUGUAGUAGUCUUAAGAGGAGUGGCAGUUUAUGAGGAUAUUUCUUAACAGAAAAAGGCUAAAAUCAUGUUUGUUUCUUAAAAUACCCUGCCCAUGUACACAUGACGAAGGCAACUUAAAACACAGAUUUUUGCAGUAUAGCACUUUGAGCCUUAUUUUGUUCUUUUUAAUCAUCUUACCAGCUUUUAUAAAACACUUAUUUCUUGCGUUUAAAAGAGACACGCAUGCAAUGACUCCCAAACAAGGGGCAAAAGUUCUCUAUCCUGUUUUCAGCUAAAAAGAUGACAAGUGUUGACCUUUUUGAGACCGCAGCUAGAUAAAGCUCCUCGCGUAGCCAAGGCCCUUCAUUUUGAGACUCAGAUCCUCUUUACAGGGCAGAAGGUCUAAGUGGCUCCCCUCCCUGCCAUGCCCUGCUCUGACCCCUGCCCGUGGCAACCUAAGCACCCAGGGGGCGCCAUCUGGCUCAGAGAAGGAGAAAACACCAGGGAGGGAUACAAAACAAUAAAAAAAAUGGGGUGUGUUUCCCUCAUUGUGCUCUCCAUCAAAGUGCUGGAAGUGAGGCCUCAACAGGGCUCCCACCCAGGCCCAAUCACCAGGCACUGGCGAGCAGAUGGAACAAGUACAUCAAGCUGUGGGGGAUUAUUAAAAUGACUGACGACUGGGUAUCAUCUGAAAUACAGCAUUAUUAAUGCAUGAGUCCAGCUAUUCCCCUCCCUUGCCCUUGAACCUGUCCAUUUCAGAGAGUGCGCAGAGCUUUUUGAAGGAUCUGAAUGGCUGGUCACUGGCUUUAACUGGUCAAGAUCCCCACUGCUGGUCACUGCAUUUCCUCCUAACUAAUUGGUACAGAUGGCUCUUUAUAUCUCUUUAGUACUAUUAAGUUCUAUACUUUUAUUGUCAGUACCCAUUCAUUGCUGGUUUGUGUUGUUUCUACUUUUAGAAGUCUUGUAGGUUUUUUUAACCACCUCAUUGAUAAUUCCUAUUUUAUUUUAUUUUUUUCCCAUCACAUCUUUUCUACAUUGUUCUCAAUUUGAGAUACAAGUUAUUUUAAGGAUGCUCUCCAACAAACAACCCAAGUGGAUUUCCCUCAAAGUCAACCUGUUUUUGCUCCUGGUGGUUAGAUUGAUUUGUAUGCGAUUGUAAAUAUUUUCAUGACCACGCCACACAGAUUUGGUGGGCUGGUAUUUAAAAAGGACUUCACGGAACUGAAACUUGACUGUGCUUAUACAGCAAAAAAAAAAAAAAAGACAAAAAAAGACAAAAAAAAAAAGACAAAAAAGGAAAGAAAAAAAUGACAAACAAGUACUCACAAGGAGACAAUGUUUCAUAAGUGUUAUAAGCACUGGAUAUAAAAUUGUAUUUUUAUCAAUUCUGAUUAAUGUGAAGCUGUCUGAGGAAAAACACCAUGAAUUAACAAAAUUCUCCAGUUGGACUCAAGUGGGUUUGCUCUCACAGUUGCCAGAUUUUAGUCUUUUUUUUUGUCUACUUAUUUUGUUUAUUUAUGCAAAGACACAUGUGAUGAAUGAACACUUUGUUUAAGCUUCAGGGCAGCCUAGGGGAGAGACUCUGCACAAGGAAGUGAGCAGAAAAUUCAACAGCAGGCUUGGUUAGCCGUGAAACACCAGACUUCAGUGCAUUGCAUAUUGUAUUUGAAACUGUAGAGUAUCAACAUAUUGUAUUUAUUAUUAGCCACUGCUGGCUCUAAAAUUGUCAGUAAAAAAAAAAAAAAUUAAACAACAACAACAAAUGGACAAUCAGAGAAAUAGAAAAAAAAACAACAAAAAAAAUGACGAAUUGGAGCUAAAAAUGUUUUUCAGUGAAUUCACCAUCUCAUUUAGAUUUUAUUGUAAAUAUAACAUAGGAAAUAUAUUUUUGUUCACACGUAUUUAGUGAAGUAUAAGUUAUGUAUUUGGCAGUUUUCUUUUCUUUUCUUUUAUGUUUUAUUUUUGUACGUGGUUUCAUGUUUUUAAAACCAGACAAGUCACUGUACCUCAUGUAGAUGCUGAAUUUUUCUGCUUAUUGGAAGAAAGCAGUAUUGGACCUGAGAAAGAGAGAAGCACCUCAUUUGCUUAUGUUUUGAUAAUCCUCCCUGGACUAUUCAAAGAACCAAUCAAAAUGAAAGCUAUACUUAUUAAAACUUGUUAACAUAAUGGAGUCAUUACAAGUAAGGUACUCGUUUAAACAACAAGCACUUGAUGUAAAAGAACUACUCAAUAAUUUGUUUCCAAUCAUGAUGCAAUCUAGGUGGUAUGCUGUAUAUCCUCACUUGUGUUUUGCGUUUAAUACAGCGCUCAUAGAAUGUGGCAAAUUUCUCAUGAAGAGCUGAUGUCAUCCUGAAAAAUGUGCAUGCAUUUGGCUUGCAUUUACAUUAUCAUAUUAAACAAAUGUGUUCUUAAGAAUGAUUGUUUUAAACACAAGUGAUGUUUUUAUACUCUUUUGAAAGGUGGGAACGUGCAUAUAUUUAUUUGUUUUAAUGUGGCAAAGAUGCACAAAAACUGUGCAUUAUCUUUAGUCUAUUCUAUCCUUGCCAAUUUUUUUGUAUGUUGCUGAUUUUUUAAAUGACUAUCCAGCCAUCUGCAAAUGUAGCCCUCACAAUUGUUUUCUCUUAAUCCACUUGUUAGACAUGCAAAUGGUUUGAAUGAACAACUGAAGACAUAAGCUUGUAUGCUGUUUCAACAUUACUUACUGUAAUUUGAUUUUUUUUUUUUUUCUGUCUGAACUUCGUGAUGUAUAUGGUGGGAAUGUUCUCUGUGUUAAUUUAAUCAGCACAAUUCACUGACAUGCUGGACUGACAUGCUAGCUGCUGUUCAGAAGUGUAAAAUUUGUUGUUCAGGGCAACAUUUAUAGUUGUCUUUGGUACUUUGCUGUUUAGAGUUGUCUCUCAAGCAACACUGUGUGUGGCUCUUCUAUCACUGAAGCCGUUUAAAAAAAAUUGCUGGCAGUCUGAUACAAUUUUCUGCAUAGAAAUCUUUUUUUUUUUUGUUUUUGUUUUUUUGUUUGUUUUUUCCUGGCAGGUACCUAGGCCAAUGGCAAGUAUUGUUUGAGUGUUAUUAGAGAAAAUGAAAUACAUAGUGUCUGUUGCUGCUUUUAAAAAAAAGUUUAUGUCUGAAUAUGUAAAUAGUUUAUCAUAAUAUCUUGUACAGUCCAAUGUAAAGUUUUUAAUUCAACUUAAAAAAAAUGUUGUCAUUACAUUUGUGUUCACAUUCUUUAUACAGUACAAAAGAUCAAUUAUUUGCUAGGGGUAUUAUUGCUAAAAAGAAAAAAAGAAAAAGUUUUUUUUUUUUUUUUUUAAAUGUUUGUUUUGUUUUGCUUGGCUUCAAAGUGUACACCAGCAAGUCUUUGGUUUCCAUGUGCAGUAUUGACGUGAGGUAAACUUAAGGUGAAUAAUUUUACAGUGGUGUGUGUGGAGAGCAAAUCUCCUCGGCUUUGGUAGUAUUAAUACACUAUAUCAAGUAAAAACAAAACCAAUGAGUGACACAUUUGGGUGCAUCUAGGCAUCAUGGAGAUGUGUAUACUGUGUAUGAUUAAAUUAUCCCCACAGGAUCAAUUCAGGCAUAAUAUAAUGUAACACCAUUUUCUGUAUAUCUCAGUCCAUUGUAACAAUACAACAGGGGGCUGAAUAACUGCCUGUUUAAGCUCAUUUACCUCAAGAAUUUCCUCCUUUUCUGUAAAAGAGACAGAAAUUGUGUUACAGAAAGCUUCUCACAUCACUCCAUCUUUUGUACUGCUGUUGACACUUACAAAUUAAAGAGACAUUUUGUUUUAA